AUGUUGGAAUCACCGGCCCUCAAUAUGUCACCCAUCAGGAGAGUUGCAGUCAUCGGUGCUGGUCCGUCUGGGGCCGCAGCCGCGGAAGCACUGAAACAGGCUCAGGCCUUUGACGUGAUUCGAGUCUUUGAGCGUAGAGGCGAGGUGGGCGGCGCAUGGAAUUUUGACCCAGCGCCCAAUGUACCUAUAGCAGAUCCUCUGGUUCAUCCCAGUGCAGCAGAUCCUCCACUACAACCGCCGGCUGAACUCCCAGCCACUACGCCAAAGAGUUCGACAGAGAGAUGGAUCACAGCGCCUGUAUACGAGAAUCUUACCACCAACGUCAACGUUGAAAUAAUGACAUAUACCUAUCUUCAUUUCACUGACGUAGACAAAACACCCCUGGCAGAAGACCAUGAUCCAAUGUUUCCUUCUGCAGCCCGGGUGUUAAACUAUAUCCAAACUCUCCAUAACAGGCACUCGGACUACUUGGUCCUAAAUACUACCUUGGAAAGGGCAGUCAAACAAGAUAAUGAAUGGCAUUUGACGUUGAGACAGGCGGAUAACGAAACAGACUACUGGUACGAAGAGUCUUUCGACGCUCUUGUCGUCGCCACUGGCAUCUAUUCUGUCCCUAGAAUACCAGAUAUCCCAGGGCUCCAUGACUACAAUCGCAGCUUUCCAGGGAGGGCAUUACACUCUAAGUACUUCCGGUCGGUAGAAGGUUUCAAAGCUCAGUCGGUCUUGGUAGUCGGAAACGGCAUAACUGCACUUGAUCUCAUCCGGGACCUCAUGCCAGUGGUAUCAAAGCUUACAGUUGCUCACCGAUCUCCCAGCUGGAUGUAUCCCACGUCCCUGGUGGGGGUUCCUGGGAUAUCUGCUCGUUCCCAGCUCCAACGUCUGGACCCGGAAAAUGGGGACUGUUUCUUCGCAGACGGAGGACCUCCCUUCCGCCCAGACGCCAUUAUCUUUGCCACGGGAUAUCAUGUUUCAUUUCCGUUCUUAUCCCCGCCGUACGCUAGCCACAAUCACGGUAGCUCCUUGGCCGCGGAUUGGGUCCCUGGAACGUAUCUACACACAUUCCAUCAACAGGACCCAACAUUAUCCUUUGUCGGGCUCGUUCAAAACAGUGUUUCAUUUCGAAUUUUCGAGUAUCAAGCGGCUAUUGUCGCAGCAUUUCUUGCGGGAAGACUCAAACUACCUGUCUUGGAAGAAAUGCAACGCUGGGAGAAAGAGCGGCUGGAAGAAGUGAACAACAACUCAGCCCUGUUUCACUACAACAAAUACCCAAACAGCGUCGAGUUCCUAAACCAGUUGCAUGCCCUGCUGCAGCAGACCACUGGGCCUGGGCUGCAGCUUCACAGUUGGCAAGAUGAAUGGACCCCGAAAUACAUAGCAGGCAUUGAGGAGAGGAAACGCAGGGUUGAGAACCUAAAGACUCUCCACAUCACCGGAACUGUAUUGUAA